CUAAAAAAAUCGUGUCGUUGUCCGCAAACGUCAAAGCUAAAUUCGUCGAUUAUUAUUCGGAAGAAAUAUCCACUGAACUUUCCGUUCCAUAGUUGAAUUGUGUUAAUUUUGUGUAACCUUAGGAAUUGUAUAAAAGACUUCUACGAUGCCACGUGGAAAGUAUACCAACCACAAAGGACGCAACCGAAAAUUCACUAGCCCUGAGGAGUUGGAAGAACAGAGGAAGCAAGAGGAAUUGAAAAAAAAAUGGAGAAAGGAACAUGGAGAUGAGAGCACAAGUGAGGAAGAAUCUGAAGGAAAUAAAUCUGGCUCUGACGACAGUGAUGAUAGUGAAUCAGAUGAAGAUCAUCCUACUAAAGCAAAGGGUGUGUCAGGCCUAAUUGAAGUAGAAAAUCCCAACCGAGUAGUAAAGAAAAAUAAAAAAUUAACAACAUUGAAUACAUCAAUUGGAGAAGGGGAAAAACCUCAGCUUUCAAGGCGUGAACGAGAAGAAAUAGAAAGGCAACGGGCAGCGGCAGCUUACCAGAAGGCACACGCGGAGGGUAAGACUGAUCAGGCUCGAGCGGAUCUCGCGCGACUCGCCAUCAUCCGCCAGCAGAGAGAAGAGGCGGCCAAGCGACGUGAGGCUGAGAAGAAGGCUAAGGAUGAUACGCCGAAGAAGAGGUAGAUAAAUACUCAACAUUAGUCUAUGACUGGUUUGCCAUCAUUUUGUUCAUUCGGCGGCUUUGGAAUUCACAGAUCCUAUCACCAAAUAGUCCUUUCUUUUUAAAUUACCAUUUUUGAAUCCAUAAUAAUUUAAAUCAUUGUAAACGAAACCAAUUUUCAAUUUAGUAAAAAAGUUCACUCUGUCGUCCACUGAAAUGACUGCCACUUCCUACCAUGUUGGUAGGAAACUGAUAUUAUAAUAUUAAAAUAAUACUAUUUCUUAACAGAUAAAAUAUUGACUAGGGGCGCCGAAGAUGUCAAUUUGGUAGAUUUUCUACUGCACAAUAAUUAAUGUUGUUAUUGAUGUUGAGAAACCAUUUGUGUUUCAACGAGUAUGCAUAAAAAAAUCGAGUGGAGAGAUUGACACAGUUAAGAUGUUGUUUCUAGUAAUAUAAGUUUGUUGUUUUUUAUUUAUCUAAAAUGCAACAAACUGGAAGGAAGUGUGCAAUUUUAUACUCAAUUUCUUAUUACCUGUUAUAAAAUGCAAAUAAUCUUUUGAAAUAGGAAGUUUUUAAUUCAAAGCAUUAUGUUUUAUUAUAAAUAUCUAAUGAAAACUUUGGUUCCAUUUUAAUACAGUUAAUAAGAAAUUGACUAAACGUUCAAUAUGGUUUUUUAAAUAAUAUGUAGCUAAUUUACAAUAAUAAAUAUUAUAUAUACAUUCUUAUCAUUUUUCAAUAAAAUAAUUGUGAACAAAGGAUCUUUUAACUAUUCUGUGUUUUAUAACUUCAUAUUGCAUGCAUCGAGUAUGUAUAAAUUUUUAUCAGUGUACUUAUCAUAAUUUUUUUUUUUUUUUUAAUACCAAUGCAAAGCUGGCACAUCUCUAGUGUACUUUUUCAUCAAUAACUGACCUUAACACAGCAGGGGCCUUACUACUAUCGCUCAAACCAUAAUUAUCACAAUAUUGUUGACGUUUUGUUACAGAAUUGUAAUCCUUAUUUUUAGGAUGUCAAGUAAUGUCAAAUAAACUACCAUUUUAAGAUAUUGGAGGUAGUAACCUUAACAAAUAAAGCAGUGACUAAAAUCCUAAUGCUAGGUAUUUCAUUUGAACGUUGAAUUACAAUAUGAUACCACACUAAUUAAAACUUUAUGUUUAUUUCAAGAGAAACGCCAGAUUAGUCAUGUUUGAAGGAAACAUGCUUACCUAAUAUUGAUUUUUCAAAAUAUUGGCGGUUAUUUUUAGUUGAGAUAUGUUUUUGCCUUGCUAUUGAUUUAUGAACGAAUAAUGAAAAUCCUGUGUUAAUAAACUAUUGUGGUUAACCGAUUAAUUAAAAUUUCAAAUAAAUACUAUAAUUUAAUAAAAUAAAAGAUUUUAUGUAUAGUAUGUUAUAAUAUUGUUAUGUGUUGCAUUUUCAUUUCCAUCUGAACUAUGUAUGAAUUUGCUUAGAUCUAAAUGUUAGAUAGUCUCACUAGACAAUUUUUAUAUGCGAAUGUGUAUCUGUAUAAUAAAAACUUAAAACGGAA